AUGGGCAAGUUCUCUUCUGCCAUUGCGGCCCUUGUCAUGCGUGCGCAGCUUGUCCCCCCAACACUGGUACAUGCUCGUGGACACGCCAAUGCGAUCCUACAACGAACGGCGAACGACGCGCCAGCGAUAAGCGGCGUUCUCCCGGGUGCCUACAUCGUCGAAUUUGCGAACGAAAAUGAAACACCAGAGAGUUUCUACGCGUCCCUCGCAGCCAGCGGUAUCAAUGUCGAACAUCGCAUAAAUCUGAGCUUUCGAUUCUUCAAUGGCGUAUCUUUCCAGCUCAAGAGCUCGAGCUCGAAUUCGAGCGAGUGGGACUUCUUGCGUCAGAUGGGGGCACAACCACAGGUGGAAAACAUAUGGCCGACCCGUAUCACGACACGUUCGCGUGAGGACAACAUCGCGGCACCCGCUCAGCAGAAACACAUCAAGCGGCAAACUACAUCUGAAAAUAACUUUUCUCCUCAUGUCAUGACUCAGGUUGACAAGCUGCACAAAGAGGGCAUCACAGGCAAAGGAUAUCGUGUCGCUAUUAUUGACAGCGGAAUCGAUUACACCCAUCCAGCGCUUGGCGGCUGUUUUGGUCCAGGCUGUCUCGUUGAGAUCGGGUAUGACUUCACAGGCGACGACUACAACCCCGGCACAUCCCCAUUGAAACCCGAUGACGAUCCCAUGGACAACUGUGCUGGACAUGGCACACAUGUCGCAGGUACCAUCGCCGCUCAGCUCGAGGGCAACAAGUAUGGCUUCACUGGAUCUGCACCCGGGGCAAAGCUCGGCGCGUACCGAAUGUGGGGUUGCGCAUCAACAUCUACCAAUGAGAUUGAACUUAUGGCAUUUGCUCGUGCCGUGGAGGAUGGGGCCGAUAUCAUCUCCUACUCGAAUGGCGACGCCUCAGGCUGGUCGCAGGACGUACGCGCUACCAUCAUCUCGCGCAUCGUUGAUUCUGGCAUUCCAGUCGUCAUUUCUGAGGGUAAUGACGGUGGCCAGGGUAUGUUCUACGCUUCCACGCCAGCAACAGGAAGCAGUAUUACGGGCACAGGAGCGGUUUCUAAUACACAAUUUCCUACCUUCCUAGCACAAGGUUCUUACACAACGGAUUCCAACGCUACUACCAACAGCACCGCCAACUUUGGUUUCUUGAUGGGCGUUCCCAAGUUCGCCAACGAUACAACACUUCAACUAUGGUCUGCUGCCGAUGUAGAAGAUGCUUGCACGCCGCUACCUGACGACACACCAGAUCUAAGCCAGCGCAUCGUACUUUUGGAGUUCAAGGAUUCACGAGCAACUCAAUGCUACCCGCAAGACCAGGGCGCCAACCUCGCCGCAAAGGGUGCGCGAUUCAUGGUAUAUUACGAGCGCAGUAAUCUGACCAUGCGCGACGAACCUUAUGUAUACGCCGAUGGUAUUCAGGGUGUCGUCAAGGCUGUGCCAUAUGUUGCUGAGCGUUGGAUCUCUCUACUCUCACAAGGUGCCACAGUCUCUGUGACUAUCCCAGCCAACGGAACCCAGACCUACCUUGAGGUGCUCGAGAACAACGAGCGAGGUGGUUAUGUCGCAGGUGAAUUGACCAGCUGGGGCCCAAGCUGGGAGCUUGGUAUGUCACCGCAACUCGUAUCGCCUGGAGAGAACAUCCUGAGCACGUAUCCAACGGCUUUGGGUAGCUACCGCGUCAUGACUGGCACGAGCAUGUCAACGCCAUUGGUCGCGGGUGUUUACGCAUUACUCGGCGAAGUAUACGGCAAGCUGGAACCAAAGCGUCUCCGCAGGAUUCUCACACAUACCUCCAAGCCACUGGCCUGGCACGACGGGAAGACUGCUCAUCCCGACAUCCUCGCCCCAGUCGCACAACAGGGAUCUGGGCUUGUGCAAGCUUGGAAUGCUGCUCAUACUACCCUCGAGAUCAAUGUUGAUAGUCUGAUGCUGAACGACACGGACCACUUCGUUGGCAUUCAUACCUUCACUAUCACCAACACUGGCUCCGCAGAAGAGGCUCUUGGUUUGGAACACCGCAAAGCUGUCACAAUGUACACUAUGGAUCCAAAAGCCGAUGUCUUGCGUGUCGGUUCAUUCCCCAACGCCAUCGCAGAGUCGUGGGCGACCGUAUCCUUCUCUUCCGAUUGCAUCACCAUUCCUGCCGGCCAGUCUGCCAACAUCACCGUUGGGUUCACAGCACCUGUCGGCCUUAACGCAACUCUACUGCCCGUGUACAGUGGCUUCAUCGCCCUGGGCGACAAGCUCGUUCUCCCUUACCUUGGUGUUGGGGGUAGUAUGCACGCCAUUCCUGUUCUCACAUCGGAGACUGUUUACCUUGCCCAAGGAUACACGCCCGCUCCCGCCAACGCGUCUUACGUCAUUCCACGACCGGAUCCUCAGAACCCACCUAUGACUGAUCGCGGUGAUAUGUUCGCAACCCCGAACGUGUACAUCAAUCCUACAGUUGGGUCACCUUUGCUGCGUGUGGAGAUCGUCCAGGGCAACAAGAACCUGGGUGCAUUGGCUGGAUUUCCGCAAACGUACAUCGCAAGGAGUGAAGUUCGCGCAUACUUCAAUGGGCUAAUGGCGAGUGGGGAGGUGCUUGAUGAGGGCUCGUAUCGUAUGAAAGUGAGCGCGCUCCGCAUCUUCGGUGACGAAGAGAAAGUUGACGAUUGGGAUGUAGUAGAGUCUACUAGCUUCGCGGUGCAGUACGCAUCGUAG